AUGGGCCUGGAAACGCAGAUCGUUUCCUUGACGGGUCAUGGUGUCGAGAAGAGUCUAAGCAUAAUCGAACCGGUUGUUCAAUUUUUGCCGACUGUGCCAUUUACAGAGAUCCAGGAGACAGUUUUCACGAUUCGAAACGCUUGCAAUUAUCCUGUGGAAUUCUUCUGGCAUCAUCUGGACAACUCCUUUCAGGCGGAAGAUAAAGUUAUAAAUGCGCUGCUGGAUUAUUACCAAGUCAAGGAAAUACUCUUGCCUCCCAGAAAGCCUGGCGAACCGUUCCCUCCGCAUUUAAUAAACUUUUACAACGAUCUCGUCGAUGGGACGUCUCUGGCUCAGUCGGAGGGAUUUGCAGUCGAAGACGAAAAUGAGGUUCAACUGGGAACGAAGGCGAAUUACGCGGAUAGUCUGAAAGAUACCCCAUACUUCCGGGAUAAAACGAGGGACCCCGUGGGAGAACUUUUCGAGGGUAUCGAACGGAAAUCCGACCCUUUGAAAGAUCUUCCGGAUCCUACGAAGCCGGAGAGAAAAGUCUGCAUUAUUUUCCACGGAGCUCCUUUCACCGAGUAUCAAGAAACAGCAUGCAGAAGCGCAAGAACCUUAAAUGUCCCUACGCUUUCUAUCGACAAAGCAAUCACAGAAGCGAUAGCUCUCGGUGAAAGUCCCUCUUCGAUUACAAUACGACAAAUCAUCGACGAUGCUUAUCAGAAUUACAUAGAAGCUUACGAGAGGCACAAGGAGCGUCUGGCUGCCCAGUCUGGUCGAAAAACCGACGAGAUCGAUUCCGACGCGACGAGGAGCGCGUUGAAAGGAAGAGGAAGUCGACGCGAGGGAACGAAAUCUUCCGUGAGUGAAAAAUCAACCAAGACAGAAGGUACCCCGAGGAAAGGGAAAACGAAAAAACUCGAAAAAACCGCUAAAACUGAUAGCCCAAGCGCGCAGAACGAAGUAACCUUCCUUCGACUUCGCGAAGAGCCAGAUCCUUUAAUUGAAUUCAAUAAAAUUCCUGCCACCGAGACAAUGGAGAUCUUGGAUCCUUUGAGCAGAUACGAGUACAAGGUUCAAGCCAUUUUGCAGCUGGAGAAGAUAAUUGGGCCUCGAACAAUCGCCAACGAAUCACCGAGAAAUAAAAUUAGUGUAAAGACUACUGACAAAAGUGCCAGGAGAAGAAAAGGUACCUCGUUUCUUGGAAUGGAGUCAGAUUUGCUUGCCGAGGCCCUUUCAAAACGAUUAUCCGCGGCAGAUUUUAAACGAGGAUUUGUCCUGCAGAGCUUAGGAAGCAAUUUCUUGCGCGGCAACGUCGUCGAAAACUUGAUUUUCCUGCUGAGAAUAGUUGGUCACGCGGAGUACUUCCUGUUCGUUACUUUUCUUAACUCGAUGGCUAAUUACGAUCGCAAAGUCGACGAACUUCGCCAGGAAUACGGUAACAUACAGAGAAGGUAUUGUCGACGACACACACAAAGUGAGAUUCCAUCUUUGCAACAGAGAGAACGACCGAUCAUACCGAGAGGAUUCGAGACAUCGACGACAUGUCGUUGUCCGAAUACGAUCUGCUCAACGACGAGGAUAAGAAGAUGUAUCUGGAGGCAAUUCUGCCGGCUAAAAAGGAGAGGGCAUCGCUCAGACGGACUCAAUUUGCUCAACGGAUGA